AUUAGUUAUUCUGCGCUCUGUCACACUCAAGACAAGAGCGCUCUGAAAUCCGAGUAGAUAGCCGGAGUGAAUUUGUAACCUUAAUAAACUUGGUUUUGGAUUUCUCCCUGACCAAGAUGGCUGCCAUUUUCGACCCAUAACAGAACUUUGAGAGUUUAUGACACAGCCGAUCGUAUGGUGAAACUAGAGCGCUUAGCAGGAUAGAGUUCAUUCCCAAUAACACUACUCUGGAAUUUACAUUUAUAUCGGCCAGGUUCGAGAGAGAGGUGAUCGAAUUUGACUGACUUCUGGAUCGGGGCGCUGGUCACAGGAGGUCCAGGAUGAAUAAGCUACGGCAGAGUUUCCGGCGGAAGAAAGACGUGUACGUUCCUGAGUCCAGCCGACCGCACCAGUGGCAGACGGACGAGGAGGCGGUCCGCAGCGGAAAGUGCAGCUUCGCAGUCAAGUACCUGGGCCAUGUAGAGGUGGAGGAGUCCAGAGGAAUGCAUAUCUGUGAGGGCGCAGUGAAGCGUCUCAAGACGUCUCUAGAGGUCCAGACCCUCCCUCCAGUAUCCUGAUGUACCCUUCAGUCUCUAGAGGUCCAGACCCUCCCCCAGUAUCCUGAUGUACCCUUCAGUCUCUAGAGGUCCA